AUGCAUACGCCGAACUGGGAGCCGUAUUCGCCUAUGCGGGAUUCGCCGCAGCUUCAGUCUCCACUGAAGCCAAAGCAACUGCUGAAGUCACCGACCAAAACCGCAGCAGCAGCCGCAGCAACAGCCGCAGCAACAGCCGCAGCAACAGCAGCAGCCUCGCCAGAGCCACAGCCCCGGCCAAGGCGGCGCAGGAAGGGCCAGCAGUUACAGCAGCCACAACCGCAGGUGCAAAUGAGGCACCAGCAGCGGCCGCCGCAACAGCAGCAGCGGCAGCAGCAGAAGCGUCAACGACAGCAGCAGCAACAGCAGCGUCAAAGACAGCAGCCGCAGCGUCAACGACAGCAGCAGCAACGGCAACAAUCGCCACAGCAGCAAGGGGACUCGAUCUCUCCCAACGCUGGCGCUGCAAAUAGGAAUAAUCCGCGGGUCAGGUUCGUGGAGCCCAUUGUGCGGUGGAGCGAGGUGGUUAGGAGGAGGCCUGCGGAAAGAGAGCCGCAGAGAAGAGGGCCCACUCCCGACGAGCUAAAGAAGAAACUGCCUAAGACGGAGGCAAUAGUCAUCGGACCACUACCGGAUGGCGCGUCCUACGGUGUGGUCAUGAAGAAGGCUAUUGCAGCCGUCAACUUGCCGCUAGGGAUGACCAUCGGUAGCUCCACCCGCACGCGCAACGGCGCUGUUCUACUGCAGUUAAAAGGCACCCCUAUGCAGGCUGACGAAGUAGCCGCUAAGCUGAGGGAGGCAAUAGGACCGGGAAUCAGGGUCGGCAGACCUAGUAGGAAAGCGUCGAUCCUGAUUCUCGACGUCCAGGAGUGGGUCGAGGCAGAGGACCUGCAAGCAGCGGUCAGAUCAGCCUUGAGCGAUGGGCCGGCGGCAGAGCUCCAGGGUGAUAUACCAUUGCCGGUUAUCACCCGGAGCGAAACCGGCAGGGGCGGAUUUAGUCACAUGGCAGUCCCCAUGAAAGUGGCGGUCCAAUUGGUCAGGACCAAGAAGAUCCGAGUCGGCUGGAGCAACUGUCGUGUCAGGGUCCUCGAAGACAGGGGACCCAGGUGCUUCAGGUGCCUACAACGCGGCCACAUAGCCACCGAAUGUAAAGGGCAGGACCGCACUGGGUGCUGCUUCCGGUGCCAUGAGGCGGGCCACAUGGCCAAGGACGGCCAGGGGCCCAUCGCCAAGGGCAAGCAAUCCAAGCGCAUCGACUCGAGGGAAGAGGGCCGCCACCGUCCAGCCCCCUCAGUCACAAUCGAGGACGUAGGGGUUAGCGAGGAUGACCGGGAGCAGCGGAACUCCCAGUCAACAUCGGGAGCGUAG